UUUUUUUCUGAUUAAUUUGGUAAACCUUUUUUGCAGGCAAUGAUCGUGGGAGGAACUGAUACAACUGGUGUUACUCUUACAUGGGCACUAAGUUUGUUAUUAAGAAAUCCUCGUACACUAAAAAAAGUAAAAGAAGAACUCGAUAGUCAAAUUGGAAAAGAGAGAUGCAUAACGGAGUCAGAUUUAAACAAAUUGGUGUAUCUUCAAGCCAUAGUGAAAGAGACACUAAGAUUAUAUCCAGCAGGUCCUCUUGGAGGACCACGUGAAUUCACAGAGAGUUGCACUUUAGGUGGAUUUUAUGUUACAAAAGGAUCUCGACUAAUUACAAAUAUAUGGAAGAUUCAAACUGAUCCUAGUAUUUGGUCAGAUCCCUUGGAAUUCAAGCCAGAGAGGUUCCUCACAACUCACAGAGACACAGACCUUAAGGGUCAGCAUUUCGAGUUUUUGCCAUUUGGAAGUGGUAGAAGGAUGUGUCCUGGAAUGUCGUUUGCACUUCAAAUGGUUCACUUUGCUUUGGCCAGGUUCUUGCACUCGUUUGAGAUUUUGAAACCAUCUUCUGAUGAAGCAAUUGAUAUGACUGGUAUCCUUGGACUGUCUUAUGCUAAAGCUACUCCAAUUGAGAUUCUCAUCAAGCCAUGUUUGGCUCAAGCUUGUUAUGAAACCAUGUAAUCUUUAGUACUUAGUAGUAUAUGCCGGUGUUCGUGUGGUACAACUAUAUGAAGCUAUGAAGUAUAGUGCAGAAGAUUUGAUUUGGAUUCCAGAAAAUGAUCUGAUACCAGACAAUGUUAUAGCCUACACCUUAGCUUGUGAAGUUGGAUGAUGAUCUAUUGAAAUAUCUUAGUGUGGUUAGUGGUCUAAUAAGUAGCAAGUGCUUUUGGUUAUGUUUGUUAAAUUUUGGCUUGACUUUAUACUGAGUUAAUAUGAUUGUACUCUAUCAUAUUACUAUUAUACUCCACUUUGAUGAGUAUUAAUAUACAAAAG